UCUGUAUUCUCAUUUCGGAGAAUAUAAUUCAUUCACCUCGGAGGGACGAGCAAGAAAAAUGAAGGGCUUCCAUUCGCUCUUGCUGCUGGUGGUCUCUCUCAGUUUUGCUGUUUCUUAUGCAGCUCCAAUAAAAGUGCUGGAUUUCUACCUCCACGACAAGGUCGAUCUAACCAAUCCCAGCAAUUCCACGGUGGUUUUAGUUGCAGGCCCCAAAAAUCUCCAGUUUGGAGCGGUGCUUGUCAUCGACGAUGUUCUCACCAAGGGCCCUUCCCGUGACUCCGAGAUUGUGGGGAGAGCCAAAGGGACGUAUAUCAGCGACGAUUCCACCAACACCACAACCGGUUUGUUCUUGACAUUUGUGGCUGUGUUCAAGGAUGGGACGAUGAGCAUGUACGGCCAAGACAACAUCUUCGAUGAAGUCCGAGAGCUUGCAGUGAUUGGAGGCACCGGAGCCUACAGAUUUGCGUCGGGGUAUGCGCAGAUUAGGACCUACAAGAUCAUUCCGCCGCUUUCGGCAAUCUUAAAGUUUCAUGUGUUUUACAAGAACUGAGAUGGGCGCCAAGAUGGUCAUUCAAAUCAGAUCAGAAUAAAAGCUUGCUUUGGAUCUUUUGGAUUUUAAUGAUUAUGUUGUUGGCGCUUCA